UGUGUAAUCAUUUGCAAUUGCCAAGAAACACCCCUGACAAUAUUGAAGCAUAUAAUUUGUGCUAUUAAAGUGCAAUAUAAUUGUAACAAGUGCAUAUAAUUUGUAACAUUAAAGUACAAUUUUCACAUCUUUAAAUACUUCAUGAUAUCUACAGCCAAUCAACAUUCCCAAUUCCCUGAAAUCUGUACAGUAUUGAAACAUAAUUUGUACACCAUUCACAAUCAUCAUCGAUCCUCCAACUCUGAAAGAAAAAAGACACCAACGUACCCUGUUAAAACUUCAGAAGCUAACGUUGCUGGAUUUGUCGCAGAUACACUCGACAGGGGUUUAUUGAAGGCAGGCAACUGGAUACCGAUUUUCCUGACGGUGGUUGUAUGCGGUACGUUCGCCUGCGGCGUGAUCGCUGUCUUCAUUAUCUACCGCUUCAUCGUCGAGGACGUUCUCGAUGGGAAUCCAGCGUUAACGAUCGUGCUGAUACUGGCCAACGUGUUCACCCUGCAGACGGUACUACCGUUUUCCAUCAACGACGAUUAUUUAGGCGCCGAGCACCUGAACUCGAGGAAAAUCCUCGUCACUACCCUCGCCUUCGGAUUGGACUUCUCCGUCAUGCUGUCCAGAGCGUUUUUCCUAGUUUUCUCCAAAGGUGGUGUCUUUACUGCUCACAUUAACGGAUACCUCCAGGGACUGAUGGUGUUCUUCAUGUUCUGCGUGCAACUCGCGAUAUCCGUCAUGUUCUUCGCUCUCAGCACCGACGACUCGGCUGUCGUUGUCAGGAGUUUGAUCUUCAUCGCUCUUCUAGGCUACGAUAUAUUUCUACUGGUCAGCCUGUUCGUGGUGUGCUUCUUCAUCUCGCGACUGCCGCGCAAUUAUCGGGAAGGCAAGUGUUUCUUCGGCACCUCGAUCGGCCUUCUGAUCGUCUGGGCCAUCUGGCUCACAUGUUUCAUCCUCGUCGAGCCAGAAUGUCGGGACACGGUCGUGUCGUUCGGGAUUAUUUCGACGGCCUACCUGAUCAUUAUCGGUGUGCUGAUACCGAGAACGUAUUACAUGGUCAAGCAUCUGGCCCGGGGCAAAGAAUUCGGACAGAGAUUCGGAUCGACCGAUCUAGGACCGGAUCACAGGAUCAAUACGAUCGCCAGGCAGAAUCGUCCAUUUUACGAUUACGUGCACUCUGGCGGCGGAAGUACGACGAACUUGCAGGUGACGUCCGCCUAUCCAAACUAUUACGGAAGCCCGAGUCCGAAUCAGAAGUAUCUAGGCCAGUGUCGAAGUUCCGAGACGAGGAGAAUCCCUGGAUACAACAAUUACGGAUACCACUCGGAGAUGCGAGAAGUGAAUAACUCGUACACAAUACCGCAAGUCUGCAUCGAGGAUGCGGACUCAAGGGCGAGCCCGGUGGAUCGGAGCGACGCGAACGCGACGUACGCCCGGCCAAAAUGUCAGCGGAAACGGAAGCCCAAGGACGGGAAAAAUUGCAUCGAGACCGACGUGUACGUCGAGGGUAGCCGUAAAUCCCACGAUGAGAUCUAUCCAGCACGAUCCAACAGCCCUAGAUUAACCCAAACCGAGGCGACCAUACGCGAGGAAGACGAGGACGACGAAAUUAACAGGAUCACGCGAUUCUAA